UCUGUCAUUUAGAACAAGAAUAAGAGAGGAAUAGGACCAGCGACAACAAAGUAGGCGACCAAUAUUUCAAUCGCCAGGCACUGAUCAAAAAAUUUGUAAACGACCGAAUGACAUAAAAAUGGCUGGGUUUUUAAAAAACAGAAAACGAAGUCGGGAAGAUGAUCUACCUUGCGAAUCGACCCCCCUUUCCAAGCGUAUCAACAAUUUGCAUUUAAACUACGACGAUGGGAAUAGCAGCAGCAGUAGCAACUGCAGCAUACCAAAUCUAAUUAAUGAUAAUAAUAAUUACAUAUUACCAACGAUCCAAAAUGGAGGAAUCAGUCCAGCAGAAGUGGUCGGCGGUGGCAUAUAUGAUUACAAUCCCGAGUUGAAUGCUGAUCAAAAUCCAUACUAUUAUGAGAAGAACAAAAUGUUAUAUGACUUACACGUUGAACGUGUUAAGCGACACAAUCACUAAGAUUUUAUAGGACACAAAUGGAUUCAACUUAAUGCUCUAAGACAAACAAAUAUAAUAAGAAUAAAUGCGCAUACAACACGCUUCAGUCAAGGUGAUACAAAAGAAAAACAAGAAAUCAAUUCAAAUCUCAUAUAAACAUAAUAGAUAACGCUAUACACAAAAAUGAACAAGGAAUAAUCAAAUCGCUUGCCUUAACCAUUCGUUAACAGAAUAAAUAGCAAUAUGAUAGCUGAUAGUGCCAAUAAUUCAAAGAAAUAAACUCAGAUGGAUUACUUAGCCGAUCUUCUAUCUUUAAAGGUUCAUUUAUAAGAAGCUACAAACAAAACAGUUUAAAUAUGUUAAGUAUUCAAAUUUCUGCGAAUUGAGACAAAAUGUGUUCGAAACGUAUACAAAUGUAUAUUUGUGUAUGUAUGUAGAAUUAAAAGUAAGCUUUAGCUAACGAUAACUACUGUUGAAUACAAACCUCUACAA